AUGGCCCACGAGAUAGGGCUUGAUGAUACAUCGUACCUCUCGCGGGUUCAGAAUUUCGCUCUUACAUAUCCCUUGCAUAUUGUCACUGCGCUGAUCGUCUUCCACCUGCUUCGCAACAAGUUCCAGUUCCAUCUUGUUAGCAUACCAGGGCCUACUCUUGCGGCAUAUUCCAAGUUCUGGAGGGUCUAUAAUGUCUGGAAUGGUCAGGCACAUCAAACAGCAAUAGACUUGCACCGGAAGCAUGGCCCCCUCGUGCGUAUUGCACCGAAUGUCAUAUCUGUGGGGGAUUACUCCUAUAUUCAAAUCAUCUACAAUAUCAAGGAGAACUACACUAAGAGUGAUUUCUAUCCUCUUCAGUACAUUACCUGGAAGAAGAAGAUCGUGAUGAACAUCUUCUCCACCCAAAACCCUGACGAGCACAGAUCUCAGAAGCGAAAGAUUGGAGCUGCCUUUACGCUACCGAAUCUACUGCAGUCGGAAGGAGCUAUAGACUCCUGUAUCCGUCUGUUCACACAACGUCUAGACGGACUUGUCGAAAAAGGCCAUCCUAUCGAUUUGGGAGCCUGGCUACAAUACUUUGCUUUCGACGUCGUGGGCGAGUUUACUUUUGCUCGAAAGCUCGGCUUUCUGGACCAGGGUAAGGACGUUGACGGAAUGAUCAAAGGUAUCGAGGGAACCCUCGCCUAUGUGGCCUUGUGCGGCCAAGUCCCCGAAUAUCAUAAACUACUUCGAGGGAACCCCCUGUUGUCGCUGUUAACGCCCGCCAUGGAGACUUACAAUCAAGUACUACUCUUCACCUUGAAGACGAUCAAUGAACGGGCCCUGGUUAAAAACGGUGAACUGAUCAGCGCAGACACAGGAGGAAGAGAUAUGCUUUCCAAAUGGGCACAUGUCAAAUCAUCCGACCCUACCAAGAUGGACACCAAAGACGUUAUGGUACAUACUUCGACCAAUGUUUUCGCAGGAAGCGACACUACCGCCAUAGCCCUCCGAGCAGUAAUUUACUACCUAUGUCGAAGUCCAGGCUGCAUGAAGAAAGUGCUUAAGGAACUUGCGGCCGCCGAGAAAGCUGGAAAACUGAGCACUAUAAUCACCUACAAAGAAUCCAACACCGAGCUUCGCUAUUUCCAUGCUGCGAUCAAAGAGGCAAUGCGGAUACAUCCAUCCGUCGGAUUCCUUCUCGAACGACACGUACCGCCAGAGGGUGCUGUCAUCUGCGGACAUUUCAUACCUGGUGGUACGAUCGUCGGCAUCAAUCCCUGGGUGACUAAUCGAGAUGCUUCAAUCUUCCCUGACCCCGACAAAUUUAUGCCUGAGCGAUGGCUAGAGACACCGGAAUCACGGCUAAAAGUGAUGGAGAGUGUCGUUGAGUACAACUUCGGCGCUGGGAGCAGAAAGUGUAUUGGAAGGAAUAUCUCGGUCAUCGAAUUGCAGAAAGUCCUACCGCAGCUGUUCAGGGAGUACAAGAUCGAGCUAAGCCACCCAGAGGAAGAAUGGCGCAUCAAGAACCACUGGUUUGUGCAGCAGGACGGAUUGAUUUGCGACCUGACCAAAAGAACAGGAUGGGACGAUUUGGAUCUGGCUUGUUGA